AUGGCUAAGAACAUCCUAAUCGUCUGCACUUCCUGUGACAGGCUUGGAGAUACCGAUGAGCCAACGGGCUGCUGGGCUGAGGAAGUAGUCGCGCCUUAUUAUAUUUGGAAGAAGCAUGGCUACAACGUCACUAUCGCCUCCGUCAAGGGAGGUGAAGUUCCGAUGGACGAGGCCAGUCUUAACCCGCCCUUCCUCACAAAGGAGGUGCUGUCCUCCAGUAUAAAGGAAUGCUACUUAUUUAUACCGGGCCGUAAUCGUGCUGUCAUGUAUAGCGGUAUCAACCCUUACUUGCCUGUAGCCAAGAAGCCAUCGAAACCAAAACCUGACCUUAAGAAGACAGAAAUCGUAGUGAAGGCACAGAAAAAAACUGCGGAAAACGCCGCCACAAAAGGACAUGUGCCCUUGCUCGACACGCAGCCUGAGCAAGACGAAGGUCCCGUAGAGCAGUAUUUCUAUACUAACCAUAUACAUGAUGAUGUGAAUACCGUGGGUGAGGAGGAUGCAUCAUCGGGUGAGGGUUCGGACAUCGAUGAGGAUGAUGGGCCUGAGGACGCGAACUCCCGCCAGCUAGUGGCGGAGGUAUACUUUAAGUUCGUCCACAAAACCAUCGCAUCCCGUAAGAAUCUGCUUCAUCAGGCGGGGGUCACGUUUAGGAAUGCAGUCACCGCAGCGGACGUCAGUACCUGCCCUACGUGCGGGGCCGAGAGCUCCGGCAACCCACUGUCUUGUCCGGUCACCGUGGUGACGUGGGAUCAGCCUAUUGAACUGGAGGUUCCUGUUCACUACUGCGGAACCUGCCGGAAGCAGUUCAGCAUCCGACCUACAGCAGUGGACUGCCUUCAGGACUCGAAUGUUAGCUGGGACAUCAGCGAUCGACGGGCCGGCAUCGCUGUGGUCUGGUGGCACCAGUUGAUCCUCCAGCAGUUUGACCAGUUGGCAUUCUACACCCGCCAUAUCAGUGCCGACCGCUUCUGUGCUGCGAUGGUGGAGAACUGGAGUUGCAACGGUUUUCAGGACUCCAUUGCCACCACCAUAUCCCUCCGCAAACGCCUUCGGCAGGCGCUGUUGCUGUAUCAUUACCUUCAGGGGAUGGAGGAGGAUUACCCUGAGGGCUUAGUGGGGUGGUGCAACGGCGCUCUGAACGCGUGCCCGUGCUGCGGAGACGAGAAGACCUACCCGUCGAGGGGUUCAGGGUUCGCUCACAGCCCACAAGGCGAGCCUACUGGUAUAGAGCCUGAUGCAGCGGCAACAUCGGGCGUGUGUAGAGUGGCUGCCGGCAUCGGUGCAGGACAGGAGGUGGAAGGAGGUCAAGCACUUGAGGAUGUGCAUCCGGUCGGGGCAGAAGCAGACCACCGGCCUGCUGAGCUGUCCUGGGCUCGUACGCUGUGGGCUUCAUCAGUGGAGGCAGCAGGUCCUGGCCCAGCUGCGAUGCACUCGGUGCAUUUCGAUGCCAACUUCAAGCUGGACCUGCUGCCCCGGCCCAAGUACCACAAGACGUAUGUGCAGCUACAGCGCCGGCGAUUCUUCAUUAGCAACGGGGUCAUCCUCUCUGCCAUCG